AUGUAUGUCCUUCAUCUAUAUCUUUUAUCAAGCCCUAGGGUGCCGACAUAUCCGUCUCCCCUCGCUGUCAUCGAGAAGCUAGUCACGGGCGUCUCGUUACAGUUUGUUCUUGAACUUCUGUGGCAACGGCUCUCUGGCUCGUCUACGGGAUACCAUAGGCUCAUCAGAUUACGAAGAUGUUUGGCAGGUCAAGGAAGCACAGGAAGUGAUAUCUAUGUGCUUCGUACAAUGGCAAGUGGCCAGAAUGACUACAAGAAGCAACGGCUAGGCCAAACAGGAGGCAAUACUUGGGAUGUUGUCCUGCGAAGGCUUGGUCUUGACCGCAUCCAUGUUAGCUCACGGGGUUUCAAUGACUCUUCACCAUAUGAACUCGAUACAAUUCAAUACGCUCUCUCUAUAACGAUCAAUGGCACACACUUCUCACGCGCACAGUCAUUCGAAGUGUCAGACAAAAACAUCAUGAUUGCUUCUUCAAGCCUCACACAAACCCCCUACAUCACCACACCAACAUAG